UUCACAUAGAAACUUGAAAAAAAGAAACAUAAUUCACAUAUAGAAUUAGCAUAUACAAUUGAUUAAAAGCAUGACUUCAUCCUAAUGCUUGGUUUUACUCUCGUGCCAUUUGUCUGUUUUUCGCGCAAGAAUUUGGGUUUGAUGUUGAGCGUCUGAACUGGAUUAAGGCGCGGUGGAAAAAGGGAUUCUGCGCACUUGGAAAAAUUAUGUAAGGUUGUCCAGGCAGCAUCUUAGACUGCAGUAUUACCCUCAGACACAGCCAUGAAAUCUGUGCUGGAUGGGGUGGCGGACACCACCUUCCGGACUAUCACCUCUGGUUUACAGUAUCUGGGCUCCAACGAUGCUAACUAUGACGACCCCACCAGUGACAUUGACUUCACUAAGGGCAGUUUCCCGCUCCAGAAGCCCUUGUCGGCUUUCCGCAGCAACUCUUUCCCAGACAAAGUGCCUGCAGAUGAGCAGCUGAUCCUCAAAGGCAUCCCCCUCUACCCAACCAAUGCCACAGAUCUGUUUGGAAACAGGAGCAUGUUUGGAGAUGAGGAUAACAAUAUCCAAUGUGGGGAGAACUUCAUGGACAUGGAGUGCUUCAUGAUCUUGACUCCCAGCCAGCAGCUGGCCGUUGCUGUAAUGUCGCUGACUCUGGGCACCUUCACGGUGCUGGAGAACCUGGUGGUGCUCUGCGUCAUCCUGCAGUCUCGCACCCUCCGCUGCCGGCCGUCCUAUCACUUCAUAGGCAGUCUCGCUGUGGCUGACCUGCUGGGCAGCGUCAUCUUUGUCUACAGCUUUCUGGACUUCCACGUUUUCCACAGGAAGGACAGCCCCAACAUUUUCCUGUUCAAACUGGGCGGAGUCACUGCCUCAUUCACUGCGUCUGUGGGGAGCCUUUUCCUGACUGCUAUUGACCGCUACAUCUCCAUACACCGGCCUCUGGCCUACAGGCGCAUCGUGACCCGGACCAAGGCUGUCAUCGCCUUUUGCAUGAUGUGGACCAUCUCCAUCAUCAUCGCAGUGCUACCUCUUCUGGGUUGGAACUGCAAACGUCUCAAGUCCGUCUGUUCAGAUAUAUUCCCUCUGAUCGAUGAGAACUACUUAAUGUUCUGGAUCGGGGUGACCACUGUGCUGGUCCUUUUCAUUAUCUACGCCUACAUGUACAUCCUGUGGAAGGCACACCACCAUGCCGUGCGCAUGUUGAGUCGCACCUCCCAGAAGAGCCUGGUUGUGUACUCAGCAGACGGCAGUAAGGUGCAGACCACCCGCCCUGAGCAGGCACGCAUGGACAUCCGUCUGGCCAAGACCCUGGUGCUCAUCCUGGUGGUGCUGGUCAUCUGCUGGGGCCCAUUGCUCGCCAUCAUGGUCUAUGACCUCUUCUGGAAGAUGGACGAUGACAUCAAGACAGUAUUUGCAUUCUGCAGCAUGCUCUGCCUGCUCAACUCCACUGUCAACCCAAUCAUCUACGCUUUGAGGAGCAAGGACCUGCGGCACGCUUUCCUCAGCUCCUGCAACGCCUGCCGGGGCAGCGCCCAGCAGUUGGACAAUAGCCUUGAGUCGGACUGCCAGAAUAGAAAUGUCACCAUUGCUGCCAACAGAGCUGCAGAGAGUUGUGUGAAAACCACUGUGAAAAUAGCCAAAGUGACUAUGUCUGUAUCAACUGACACUUCUGCUGAAGCUGUCUAAUUGGUUGUCAUCGGGGAAACCCUGUAAAAGUCACCUUCUCCAAACAAUGCCAUUAAACACAAAAAAGCAGAACCUAAGGUUUACCAGAGAGACAUUUCUCUCCCGAAAGUAUUGAUUUACAUCUUUACAUAAACGCUUCAGUGGUUAACUACUGCAUUAUUUUAUGUUAGUGUACUAGUAUAUAGUGUGCCAAAGUGCCAAAUGGUGAUGAAAGGUCAUAGGAAGGACUCAAAAAAAUGAAAGGAUUAUCAAAGACUAUCAUAAGUCUGUUGUUUACCAUAGACUUCAUGAUAUCCAAUUAGUGAAGGCAUAUUAUAUUUUUGUACUGUGAAUUCAGGUUUUGAAACAAUAUAUCUUCAUUUAUGGGAUAAGGGGCUACCUACAUUUUUAAUUAGAGAUGUUUUACUAUGUCAUUUAGAGGUCAACAUGUGUCUCGCACCAUAAUUUUAGCAAAUCCUUGCGCCUUUGACUUUCUCUACUCUUCAGGCAUACGUUGUAACAACAUUUCCACACGUGAAAGAGAGAAACGAUGGAUUAAUGUUUAUUUCCAAACAAUUGCCAUUAAUUAUGUCAUCUUUGUAUUGCUUUCGCAUUUCAUCCAAUACAGAAUUAUCAGAUGACACUUGAUUGGUGUCAAAUGUGUAAAGAGAAUUUGGGAAAUGUGAGCUGAGUCACGUUCCUGGUCAUCAAGAGGAAAAAAAAAAUCUGAAUAUUGCUCGAUUGUGGUAAUCACCAUCACAAAUAAACAAAAUGCUUUCAUCUCUACCUGAAGUUUAAUGAGAUGGAGGUUAAAAAGAUUCAUAGCUUUUGAGUAUGUGGCAAAUUAAGCUGAAAAUUUGAAGUGGCAUUUUCUGUGGCAGAGUGACGACUGUCCCCGUUGUCUAUUUCUUUACUCGCUAGCUGUUAGACAUUUAUAGUAAUGUGUCUUUGUUCAAAUGUAUACCUUGCAACUGUGCAGUGUUUCUUGUAAAAUACAGUGUUCAAAUUGAUCUGUUCAGCUACAGUCAAGACAACAGGCCUUUUGGCCAAAGCUUGAACUUAUUGAUUAAAACUGGACUGGGAUGCAGUGUGCUGGUCACUACUGUCAACAGGCUAAAGUGGUUUAUGAACCUGGUUUGAAUAUAGCUGCUUACAAUCAAAUGUAUGGAUUUUACUAGAUUCCGCCUUCUAUGUUUGUGACACCUUGUGACUUGCUGAAAUAUUUCAACUCUAAGCCUUUGAUCAUUGCAGUGAGUUGUUUUCGUGUUAGUGUUGAAGGGGAUCAUUUGGGAACUUAAAGCAACCCAUGCACAGGCCUAGUGAAGUACUUUUGGCAUAAUUCUAAAUAAAAGUAUGUCUGCUGUGAAUUUUACUUAUCUAAAGAAAUAAAUAAAGGUCUUUUUGUAAGCUGGUUAAGUUCAAUGGAAGUUUAUGUGUUUGCAAUGUAAGGAGAAUUGUCAACUGACCUUUGCAAAAGAAUUGGAGAAUAUGUAAUUUUCUAAUAGAUAAUGUAGUACUUUUAAUCUAGAAAUCUCACAGCACAAUUGUUCUGUAGACAUUUAUCUUGGUGUAAAGCUAUCCAAACAGCUGUUUAUCAGUAUGCUUUGCUGCCUCUUGUAUUAUUGAUUAUUGGAGAUCAACAUGUCAACUGUCAAGUGGCUUCUGUACAAUGGUGGCAUAAUGAGGAAUAUGACUUUAAAAAAAAAUAACAAG